AUGGCGAAGCAAGAGGAUCCGUUAAAUGAAAUAAGCCCGAAUACUCCAAUGACCAAAAAGUGUCAUUUAUUAAACGAGACGGUAUCGAAAGUCCAUCGCGGUAACCAAGCAAGAGCACCAACCUCCACAUUGGCCGAAGCCAGUUUAACUACCUCUGAUGGGGUACUCACGAUGCAUAAUGGCAUAAUUCAAAACUUUCUGAAAACUGCCCACAGCAAUAUAGAAUUGGCUACAGAAGAUAUCAAUAAUGUGGACCGCUCAUUAAGUUCGAUAUAUUCUCUAUUGAAGAGCCGCCAUAUGCUGGGCCAUAUGAACUCUACUGUCAAGCAGCACUUGAUGAUAGUUGUCAAACUUAUAAAUGGCAACGUAUUGGGGUUAGCUUCAUCUGAGAUCAUUUUUCUUUAUAAUGAAACAAACUUAUUUCAAGCUCACAACUUGAAAGACGUCCUCCUUGCGGACUUCAAUGUAUGGAAUGAUUAUUAUCUUUCGAACUUAAAAAUACUGACGUUACAACUUGUACUGAAGAGAAAGCUAGUGAAAGAAUAUUUACCGCAUGUGUUGGAGCUGUUUUCCCAUGACGAGAGAUUCCUGCUGAAGGAUUCCAAUCUGAAAGCGCACGCCCUUACAAAAAUCGUAUUAAACUUCUUCUCUGUAAUACCGAAUUGUAAAGCCUUAUUUGGUCUGAAAUUUUUGCAGUACGUCAAGCAGUAUAAAUUACCUUUCAAAAACUACAUUAGCAACAUCAGCAUUGAAGAUUUCAGUAAAAAACUUCUGCAUAAAAGUUAUAUUGACACAGGGCCUAAUAAAAUAUAUUUAAAUUCAUUUUACUUAUCCUAUUCCAGACUGUACGAUGGCCUGGAUAAGUUGAUGCUUUUAGAUCUUUUAAGUUACGAACAGCCUUCUAAAUUACAAGGCAUGACCAGCGUGAAGAAGGAGUUGAAUGAGUACUGCAAUAUGACCGAAAAGCGCCUUCUUUGGUCUUGCGUUUCUCCCGAUGAUUUGGGUGUGGUGCUCGAAAGCGCGACAGCAUUUUUGCAAGGCAAAAGGAGGAAAUUAUCAGUAUCAUUAGAUUCUUUAGUAUGUCUUUGGUCUACUAUACGUCUAGAAGGUUUACGAAAGAAUAAGGAUAUUUUAAGGCAAUUUGAUAGUACUAUCAUUUAUGUUAAUUCGAAUAUCAAAUCCAUUGAUGACGAUCUUACUGUAAAUUCAAUAUUCGAUCUUUUGACUAUUCUAUCUGAGAUCUGUAUUGAUUAUAAGGAGUUCAAACGAUUGGCAAACGUGGUUAGUCUUUUUUUCAAUGCAUCAGUUUUAUUCAAAAGACAUUCUUUCCUAUUGAAGACUGCCGACUUGGAAAUCAAGAGUCUUUUACUUAAUAAUGACCCGAAAACAGUUCACCGGACCAUGUUAAAAUUCGAGAAGUUUAUUUCAAGCGCCCAAAAUCUUCAAAAAAAACUUGAAGUUUUCUCCUAUUUGUUCAAUGUAUACUGCCUGCUGAGGAUUGACUCCUUAUCAUUUAUUUUUGAUUUUUGUCAGAACGCAUUCAUACAUUGUUUUACACGCCUAAAAUCAUCCAAAUUCAUAGAGUUUUCAAACUGCUCCGAAGUUAUGCUUUCCAUACUAUAUGGGAGCUCGUCUAUAGAAAAUGUUCCGUCUGAGAAUUGGUCACAGUUAACUAGGAUGAUUUUUUGUUCAUUAAGGGGAAACCUUGACUUGGACCCUUCCGAAUUGAAUGGCAAAUCAGAUAAACCACACCUCUUGAACAAGUAUGAGUUAUUAAUUAGGAUAGUGUAUUUACUAAACCUGGAUAUGAGUAAACACUCAACAACGAAUCUAUCAAACAUUUCCAAAAUGUACAUAAACAAAUGGUUAACACCGCAUGAAGUAACCGAAAAGAUAUCACCAUUUGAAAUGAAUUUUGUCAAAAUGCUACUGUGUUACUUAAAUUUUAACAGCUUUGAUAAACUAUCCAUUGAACUCUCACUCUGUAUCAAAUCAAAGGAAAAGUGUUUUUCCAGCAUCAUGCCUUAUGUUGACAAUUAUUUACUACAAGCCUAUUUGAGCUUACAUAUGAUUGAUGACGCAUUGAAACUAAAGAAUCAGUUACAAAUAACAGCAAACUUGCAAACAGCUAAAAUGGAACACGCACUACUACAUGUUGACUCCUUAAUGGAUAUUUACUUGUGGGAGGCUGACCUAAAAGUAUUUCAAAUAAACUUUCGCGAAACGCUACCUACUCUCAGGCCUGAAUUAUUUGAUAUUAAUAACGAAUACAAGCAACCGAUGUCAUUGUAUAUCAGAGUUAUUCUUUUGAAUAUAAAGCUUUUUAACGUAAGCGCGAAGCUCAAUAUCAAGGCUGGUAAGGUAAUAUCGGCUGUACUGGAUUGUAAAAAGGCACAAAACUUGUCUUUAUCCCUACUUAAAAAGAAGAAUCAACUAUCACAGGGAUCAAGGUUGGCUUUACUAAAGAGUUUAUCAAUCAGCUUUUUCCAAAUCAUCGACGUAUGUAUACGUAUUGGAUCUGCAAGAGAUUGUGAAUUCUACUGCAAAGAACUGUCCAAGAUUCUGUGCGAUUUAGGGGAACCGAUCAUUGUUUAUAGAUGUCUUCAUUUCCUUCACAAGUACUAUAUGAUUACAGAGCAAAGCAGCCUUCAAAGUAUAACCCUAAAAAAAGCAAACAAGGCAUUCGACUACCUGGAUGCAGAGGCAGAUAUCACAAGUCUGACAAUGUUUUUGUACGAUAACAAGGAGUUAGUAAAACUAGAACAGUCGUUGGUACUUUUUUUUGGUGACCAGCUAACCAAGACAUUUCUGCCGAAUCUAUGGAGACUUAAAUUGGGAGAAAAUAUUGAUGAUACUAUUUGUUUGCCUGAAUAUAAGGCUAUGAAUAUAAUCAACCAAGCCCGCAACAUGUGGCAGAAGGUAAUCAGCCAACUGGAGGAAGACCCCUUUUUUAAAGGUAUGUUCGAGUCUACCUUAGGGAUCCCUUCUUUCUUAACUGCUCUUCCUAGUACGAUGUCCAACAAUGUACUCAAAACCCCGUCGAAGCAUGGUAUGGGGCUAAAGCUUUGCGAUUCUCCAAGAUCAUCGAACAUGACACCUAAAGGGAAGAACAUAAGACAAAAGUUUGACAGAAUUGCCGCUAUUGAUAGACUAAAAAAAAUGAAACUACUUUUAGAAGGCUUAAAACUAGACACAUUGGAAAAUCAUGAAUUGUCCAAGAUUGCCUCCCUAUUUUCACUAACGCUAACCAUUCUUUCGAAUAUUACUAACAUUCAUAAUGUUGAGGGUAAUUUAAUAACCAGCUUCUCUCUAACUGAUCUGCCAAGGCACAUGCCCUUGCUAUUCGAUAAGACAUUAAAUAAUAUCAAUAAUGAGGAGUACAAAAACUUUCAUACAUCUUCACUAAAAACCAUCGGCAGCAUAUCCGCCGCCACAGAAAAUGAUGCAAUUUCUGUCGCUCAACAAAACAUAAUGGAUAGCAAUUUGGAUAUCAAUGUCAUCACUAUUGACUUUUGUCCUGAAACCGGAAAUUUACUUUUAUCGAAAAUUGAACCGAAGUACGAAAGAAGAACGCACUUAAGAUUACCAUUAAUACGAUCAAAUUCAAGAGACCUUGAUGAAGCACACCUUUCGUUUAUGGAGGCAACAAAGGAACUACUUUCUAUCAUUAAAGAAAGUAAUGAAACAACUUCGGUGGAGGUUACCAGCAAGAUUAAAACUAGAGAAGAGAGGAAGUAUUGGUGGACCACAAGAUACGAAUUGGAUAAGAGAAUGCAAGCAUUAUUGAAUAACAUAGAAAAUAGUUGGUUUAAUGGCGUUCAAGGUUUUUUUAGCCCUGAAGUCGUCAAUGGCUCUCUCUUUGAAGAAUUUAAAGGUAAGUUCUAUGAGAUUUUACAUCAAAACCUACCCUCCAGGAAACUCUUUGGAAAUCCAAAAAUGUUUAUGAAGAUUCAAGAUUGGGUGAUAGAAUUGUUUUUAAAGCUCAACCCCCAAGAAGCAGACUUUCUUUCAAAGAUGGAAGAUUUGAUAUAUUUUGUUCUCGAUAUUCUUCUAUUCCAUGGAGAGGAAAAUGCUUAUGAUGAAAUUGAUUUCAGCAUGCUUCACGUACAAUUGGAAGAACAGAUAAAGAAAUAUAGAGCGAAUAUGACAACCAAUAGUAUAUUCCAUACGUUUUUGGUAGUUAGCAGUUCAUGUCAUCUUUUCCCAUGGGAGUGUCUUUCAUUUUUGAAAGAUAUUUCAAUUACUCGUGUACCUUCUUACGUUUGCCUAAAUGAACUCUUAUUGCGUUUCCAUUAUAAAUUACCCAUUUCUGUAUGCAUCAAGGACAACAUUAGUAUGGUAUUAAAUCCAAAUGGCGAUCUGUCUAGGACUGAGUCAAAAUUCAAGGGUAUGUUUCAAAAAAUAAUCGAUACAAAGCCUUCCUCUCAGUUAGUCAUGAAUGAGAAGCCAGAAGAAGAAACACUUUUGAAAAUGCUGCAAACCUCCAAUUUGUUUGUUUACAUAGGUCAUGGUGGUGGUGAACAAUAUGUAAGAGGGAAAGAGAUUAAAAAAUGCACCACAAUCGCUCCUAGUUUCUUGCUGGGUUGUUCUUCAGCAGCGAUGAAGUAUUAUGGCAAGUUAGAACCUACUGGAACUAUUUACACUUAUUUGCUAGGUGGUUGCCCCAUGGUAUUGGGUAAUCUUUGGGAUGUGACUGAUAAAGAUAUCGAUAAAUUUAGCGAAGAGCUUUUUGAAAAGAUGGGAUUUACCGACAACGUUGACGAUUCGAAUGGCGAUAACUUAUCUGUCUCACAUGCUAUCUCAAAAUCUAGAGACGUUUGCCAUCUACGCUACUUGAAUGGUGCAGCUCCUGUUAUUUACGGACUACCGGUUCAAUUCACGUCAUAA